GCCUCGAUCAUCUUAUCUGUUGUCAAUGUCGCGCAAGCGCAGCGCAUCCGUCAUUUCCGUUGAUUCGGACACAAAACGGCCUAAGCAUGCGACCCCAGAAGACGAGCCUUCCAGCGGACAGCAACUUGAAACGACCCAAAACGGAGCGGAGCGAGAUUCCUCUUCGGAAUGGGCAGAUGAAGAGUCCUUUUCAGCAGUGCCUUCUCUAUCCCCAACCCUACAUCACAUUGCUCGCCGCGGUAUCCAGCGUUCUAUUGCCAUGGUCCUGGCGCAUGAUGGAUUUCAAUCGGCCAGUCCUGAGGCGCUUGAGAGCUUCACAGGCGCAGUUGAGACGUACUUAAGCUCCAUUAUCGAGGAAGUCAAGCGAUUCGCAAUAUCAUCACGUCGCGAGGCUCCCAUCCCGUCAGAUUUUGAACUCAUGCUCAGACACCAUAACUUGACAAUUUCCUCUCUAAAACCGCACAUCAAGGGCCGGCUCAGCAACCAAGAUGUGACGAAUCGCAGUGAAAACCUCAUAACCAUCGAUGACACAUUCAACUCCCUCCCUCUUCUCGGCGAAGAGCUCAGUGGCCAACCAGACAAAGAGAGCAAGGCCUUUAUACCGGCUUCUUUUCCCGGUUUUCCGAGCACACACACCUACAGAUUUACUCCACAGGAAGACAGAAGGACGCGCGAUUCCAAACAAAUCAGAGAGGACGCGGCCAAGAGCGCACAGCUCGGCGAAGAUGCGCUGCGCAGGUUGGUUCGGGCCUCGAAAAUGCGCAAGCAAAAAGAAGUCAAGUCAUUGGUCGAGCGCGAUAGCCAGGGCAAAGAGCGUUUCCGAUUAUGGGAGUCUACGAUGAAACGAUUCAUGGGGGGCGAUCGGUUCAGAGAGCACGCUGAUAAGGUGGAAAUUGCAGAUCACAGCAUGCUUGUAAAUGCUGAUGCCAAAUUCUCGCGAAGAGAGGUAUCUCGCCUGGGCAAGAAGUCCAAUGCAUUGUAAUGCAGAUUCAAAAUGCCACUAUAUCGCUCUGUCCAUUGCUAAACGAAUGGCUGAACACCUUGAAACUUCAUAUUUGCGCAUCGCUUGUUUUAGCACUUAUCAUUAUACUUAUACCCGAAGCAUCGUUCCAGCUUAGCUUCACAUGGCAAGAUACACAAUGGAAUGAAGACAAAUAGAGAAUGGAUACAGAUACAAGAGUGAAAAUUAUUUCACGAUACAUUCAUUCAAUAAAUAACAUGGCUUGAACAGUAUGAAAGUGUAGUAUUCCUUUUUCCCUUAGUACUUAGUAGAAACAGCAGUUAAGAACCAUCUUCUAUAUUAGAAGCGAAUUUUGUGUCCAGUACCUUUUUUUAGUAUUUCUGUCACACACACUGUUGCCCUAAUCUCAGUUACAGUUUGAGGAAGAAGCUAACUAUGUGAUGCCCUAUAUUCCACCACGUCCCAGCCAAGCUUCCCCAUCUCUCCUUACCUAUCCCGGCAACAUUUAUGCUCGGGACAUGACGCCCCAAGCACGGAUAAUGUUGUCAGUGUAACCAGCGAACAGGGUCUGGCCGUCAGCGGACCAGGCCAAGCUGAUACACUCGGGCUCCCGGCUCUUCUUGCCGACAGAGGUGAACUCAGGCUUCAGCUCAUCAACCUUGCUCUUCUUCUCAAGGUCGAAGAUGAUGAUGCUGCUGGCGGUGGCGGCGCACAGCCAGUAUCGGUUAGGAGAGAAGACGAGGGCGUGGAUCUCGUCGUUGGCGUUGAGGGAGUACAGGUGCUUGGAUUCGUUCAGGUCCCAGAGCAUGGUGGUACCGUCCUUGCCACCGGAGGCGCAAAGAGAGCCAUCAGGAGAGAUGGUGACGGUGUUGAUGUAACCGGUGUGGCCGAUGUGGUCGGUCUGCAGCUUGCAGGUAGAGAGCUCCCAAACCUGGAA